AUGGCAGGUCUGGAGAGCUGUACUCACAUUAACUCCUACAGCUUGUUCGCUUUCGAGGCAAGGAGAGCCAGGAACCAGUUCAACAUUGACAUGAUCGCCCUGGGCGUAGGGAACGAGACUUUCCCCCAAGAGUUGGAGGAGAUCGCUGGACCAGAGAACGUGGACCGCCUCUUCCAGGUGUCCAGUUUCGCCCAGCUCAGGGAUGUGGUCAAACAACUGGAAGACAUUAUUUGCGAGAUCAUCCCAGCAACAACUACGACUACAACGCGGAAGGUAACCACGCCUACCACACCAGAGUCCACAACUAGUCCAUUCAUCCCACCGUUCCCCUGCUCCAAGCCGGCGGACGUGGUGUUCCUCAUCGACGGCUCCUACUCCAUCACGGCUCAGGACUGGGUCAAGGGCAAACAGUUCGUCUCCUACCUCAUCAACAGCAUCGACAUCGGCAUCAGCUCUAUCCGGGUGGGCAUCAUCGUCUACGGAUCCGGCAUCGGCGACGUCGUCUCACUAGAGCCCUUCAGAGGGAAAACGGACCUGAAAGACGCAGCCUCAGGCCUGAUCCAGCCUCCAGUGGGUCGCACAAACACAGCCCUGGGGCUGCAGACAAUGAGAGACAUGUUCCGCACCCAGUCGAGAGAAGGUGUCCCUCACAUCGGUAUCGUCAUCACUGAUGGUAUGAGUUCAAACCCAUCAGAAACCGCGAUGCAGGGCGCAAUGGCCAAAGUCGAGGGCAUCAAGUUGUUCGUGCUGGGUGUAGGAGAUAGAGUGUUGAGGAAGGAGGUGGAGGAUAUGGCCAGUGCCCCGAAGUAUCUGUUCGAUGCUCCCGAUUUCAAGUACCUGAUCGGCAUGGUAGAACGUCUGCGAGACAAUAUUUGCUCUGCCAUCCAGGAGACAACAACAACGUCAACAACCACCACCACGACAACAGCACCAUCGACUGUUCCUGCCAUCCCAGAUCUGUGCAAAGAGUGCCUGGUGGAAGGAGGGGUGGGGUUCAACCCCAAACCCAACGACUGUGAGAAGUACGUCAUGUGUGUGCCCAACGGUCUCACCUACGACCCGACCAUCCAGACCUGUCCGUCUGGAAUGUUCUGGAGCAGCGAGGCCGUGUCUUGUCUAGACGCUAGAUACGUCACGUGUCCUUAUGACAAAUGCCGAGGUAUGCCGCCGUCCCACACCUACAUAGCCAGCGCGGGAAAUUGUCGCAGUUACUACAGCUGCUCUAAGGGUCAGAGGUCAACUCCUCUGUGCUGUGAGCGAGGGUACCGUUACAUCACGAGUGUGGGCUGCUCACCUGACCCCACGUGCAGGGCGGAGUGUCCUCUAGACGUCACCAUCUACAACUCAGUGUGCGGCCCAGCAGUCAAUCUUACGUUCGAGGGCAACUUCGAAGAUCAGUCUCACGUCCAUCAGCCCGUUGACGUCACCAAAGUGGGCGUGACCAACACAGGCACCGCCUACUUCAAUGGGCGGGGCUAUCUCAAACUUCCUAAUUUCGCUUUCAAAGACUUUGGAGACUCUCUCAUGAUCAAACUGAAAUACAGGAGAAAGGAAGACCCCAUCCCAUCACAACAGAAGUGGAACGACCACUGGACCUGGGGCUUCCAGAACUACUACAACAACAUCAGCAACAUCGGCCAGACGAGCCGGGUCGUGAAGGGGUCCGGGCCCAUCGUCGUUCCCAACAACGGCCAACCCAAUGGUGCAGAAUACCGACCUCUGGAGAUCAUCCAGAUUUCCAAGGACGGCACGGUCAUACGCGACCCUCGCUAUGACGUCAACGUGGGCAUCAAAUGGCCGGGGCCAGGCCAGACGACCUUUGACCUCCACCAGCUGGGUGACCUUGGCAGGCUGACCGCGCCCACCAUCCGGGACGGGAUCAUCUACAUCCCUAACGGCCGGAACAAGCUGCUGGUCCAGGAGCCUGAGUUUGGCGCCACUGGAUCGGUGACCCAUCGCUGGAAGAUCUUGGCCGUUAGUCCAGACGGAAAGACCGGGAAAGUUGAGGAGUCCGGUUCUGGACUCGUGCCUCUGACUAUUCAGCGCAAGUAUAAGUUUGACCUUCGACCUGCAGUGACGGAAAAAUGGUACAUCCUGGCACCAGGCGGUUACUUACUGCUGAAAGGUGAAGGUCAAGUCCCCGAUCACGUCACCAACAGAUACGCCGGCUUCACUCAAGGGUCGCUGGUGAAGAUCUUUACCAGAGGCCACGCCCCGGAAAGAUGGCUGGUGUCCAGACCGGACGGCUCCCAGGUACGCCAGGGUCAAGGUCAGCUGCCGUCCUCCAUCCAAGAGGAACUCAAGAUGAAGCAGGUCCUGAUGCCGGACCACGUGACCAGCACGUGGACAAUUCUUGCUGGAGACGGAUCUGUGGUCGAGAGUGGGCAAGGGUCCCCUCCGGCCAGUGUGUUACAGAAAUACUUCAACAACCCCUCCACCACCGUGCUCAAGUCCACCAGCCAGGACGGGGGCAAGCCACACUGGGUCAUCACGCGACCGAGCGGGGUCAAGGUUAUGGAAGGUCAUGGGUCACUGCCAGCCGGGGUCACACAGUUCGUGCAAGGCACUUUGAUGCUUCCACAGAUCACCACAGUCCGCAAGUGGACAGUAACCUUGCCCAACGGCACAGUGCUGUCUGGCACAGGCGAGGUUCCCAGGGCUAUCCAGGACAUCUUCUCACAGAUGUCUUCCUCGGCUGGCUCGUACCGUCCAGGAUUAAAUCGAGUGGUCAGCAAGUGGUCAGUCCAGAUGCCGGACGGCAGCGUGAGGUCUGGUGAAGGCGAGAUGCCUGCUGACCUCAAGGCGCUCAUGCAGCGACAAGGCGGGCGGCUACAGAGGAACUGGCAAGUGACCAUGCCAGACGGCAGUGUCCGGUCUGGGGUAGGGGAUAUCCCCAGUGACAUCAGAGCUAUGAUGAAUCGUCAAGGGGUCUCUGGUCAGGGGGGCGCCGCCUGGACUGGUAGUAUGUCUGGUGGAGGGAUGGGAGGAGGAGGAGGUGGGGGAGCUGGUCUGAGCUGGAGCAGUAGUAGCCGAGUAGGCAGUGAGACCAGGAGUUCGAUAAACGCCCCUGGAGCAGGAAUGGGAGGAGGAGGAGGAGGAGGACCAUCAGUCAGAGGAGGAGGAGGAGGGGCUACAGGAGGAGCCGGUAUGAGCUGGAGCGGUAGUAGUCGAGUAGGAGGAGGGGGAGGAGGAGGAGGAGGUGGUGGAGGAGGGGGACGAGUCUCCAGUUGGAAUGGCGGAGCAAGAGUAGUAACACGAAGCAGAGGUGCUGGUUCUGGUGGAAGAGGGAUGGGAGUAGCUGCAGGAGGAGGAGGAGGAGGAGGAGGAGGAGGAGCCGGUAUGAGCUGGAGGAGCGGUCAAGGAGGUGGUCAAGCAGGAGGAGGCGGUGCUGGGGGCCGGGUGACAGUUGGGAAGCGCUGGCAGGUGACUAUGCCAGACGGUACCGUGAGGACGGGAUUUGGUGAACUGCCCGCGGACCUCAAGGCUAUGAUGGGCGGACAAGGAGGACAAGGAGGACGAACAGGCGCCGGAAAGCGCAAACGUCGAGCAGCUCACAGCCCUAACCACGUGAUGGACAUCCUGUCUAACUGUGGCGGGAGUCAACAGGCCGGCCCGUCCCUGCAUCUGUACGCCUCUGCCAGUGACGUCACGCUCAACCUGGUCACCUCAGACAGACCCGGCGGGUUGUCAAUAUCGUUGCCUGUGUUUGAGCUGUACCACUGCCUGCCGUGA